AUGUUUGACGAAAUUGUAAAAAAAAGAAUAACAUCAAUCCAGUUUGGGUUAUUUUCUCCAGAAGAAAUUAGAAAGGCUAGUGUUGUACAGGUAAUACACCCAGAGACCAUGGAGAAUGGGUUCCCCAAACCUGGUGGUUUAAUAGAUUUAAAAAUGGGUACCACUGAACGUGCAUUUUUAUGUUCAUCAUGCGAGAAAGAUAAUUUUUCUUGUCCUGGACACUUUGGACAUAUUGAACUUACAAAGCCUAUGUUUCAUGUUGGAUACAUGUCUAAGAUCAAAAAAAUUUUAGAAUGUGUUUGUUAUUAUUGUUCUAAAAUAAAAAUUGAUAAAAAACACCCAAAAAAGGAUUUAAAUUUUGUGUGGAAUUCCUGUAAAACGAAAAGUGUUUGUGAGGGAGAAUUAACCGAGGCAGGUUUUUCAGGAUGUGGAAAUAAACAGCCUGUUAUAAAAAAAGAAGGAAUGGGACUUGUUGCCUUUAUGAAAGGUGAAGAAGACAGUGAUGGAAAAGUUAUUUUAAAUGGUGAAAGGGUGCAUAAUAUUUUAAAGAAAAUUUCUGAUGAAGAUUCAACAUAUUUAGGAUUUGAUACAAAAUAUAGUAAACCGGAUUGGCUUGUUAUAACCGUACUUCUUGUUCCUCCACCAUCAGUUAGACCAUCUAUUGUUAUGGAAGGGAUGCUUAGAGCAGAAGAUGAUUUGACACAUAAAUUGGCUGAUAUAGUUAAAGCUAACACGUAUUUAAAAAAAUAUGAAUUAGAAGGAGCACCAGGUCAUGUGAUAAGAGAUUAUGAACAGUUAUUACAAUUUCAUAUUGCUACUAUGAUUGAUAAUGAUUUAAGUGGACAACCACAAGCUUUACAAAAAAGUGGAAGACCAAUAAAAUCCAUUAGUGCUAGAUUAAAAGGUAAAGAAGGUCGUGUUAGAGGAAAUUUAAUGGGAAAAAGAGUAGAUUUUAGUGCUAGAUCUGUAAUUACACCAGAUGCAAAUAUUUCUUUAGAAGAAGUUGGUGUGCCAUUAGAAAUUGCAAAAAUACACACUUUUCCAGAGACUAUUACACCUUACAAUAUUGAAAGAUUAACUCGGUUGGUAUCCAAUGGACCAAAUGAAUAUCCUGGUGCGAAUUACGUAAUACGAUCAGAUGGUCAGCGAAUAGAUCUAAAUUUUAACAGGGGGGAUAUAAAAUUAGAAGAAGGGUACAUUGUUGAGAGACACAUGCAAAAUGGGGAUGUAGUACUUUUUAAUAGACAACCUUCAUUACAUAAAAUGUCAAUGAUGGGACAUUUCGUUCGAGUUAUGGAAGGUAAAACUUUUAGAUUAAAUUUAAGUUGUACGUCACCGUAUAAUGCGGAUUUCGAUGGAGACGAAAUGAAUCUUCAUAUGCCACAGAGUUACAAUACUAAAGCAGAAUUAGAAGAAUUGUGUUUGGUUAGUAAACAAGUUCUAAGUCCUCAAUCAAACAGACCUGUAAUGGGUAUUGUACAGGAUUCUUUAACCAGUCUAAGGCUUUUUACACUUAGAGAUACUUUUUUUGAUAAAAGAGAAACAAUGCAAUUACUUUAUUCCAUAAACUUAAGCAAAUAUGAAAAUUUUAAUAAUGAAGAUAUGCAUAAAACUUCUAUUAUGGAUUUAUUAAAUUAUCCAACAAUUUCUUAUCCUAAGAAAUUAUGGACAGGAAAGCAAAUCUUUAGUUAUAUUUUACCGAAUAUUGUAUAUUCAGCUGUGUCUAAUGAACACGAUGAAAAUGAUCUUGAAAAUUUAAAAGAUACAGUAGUAAUUAUUCGUAAUGGAGAACUUUUAAGUGGUAUUAUAGACAAAAAGUCAGUUGGUACUACACAAGGAGGAUUAAUUCAUAUUAUUGCUAAUGAUUUUAGUCACAAAAGAAUUACUUCUUUUUUUGAUGAUACACAAAAAAUUAUGAAUAAAUUUAUAACAUUUAUUAAUGCAUUUAGUAUUGGAAUAGGAGAUGCAAUAGCUAAUAAGGAAACUAUGGUACAAGUACAAAGUUCUAUAGAAAAUGCUAAAUAUCAAGUAGAAAAACUUAUUGAAAGAGCACAGAGAAAUAAAUUAGAAAGACUUCCUGGUAUGUCUAUGAAAGAAAGUUUUGAAAGUCAAGUAAAUUACAUUUUAAAUAAACCCAGAGAUAUUUCUGGAACUUCUGCUUCUAAAUCAUUAAAUUUCUGUAAUAAUAUGAGGACUAUGGUACUUGCAGGAUCUAAAGGAUCUUUUAUUAAUAUUUCACAAGUCACUGCAUGUCUAGGUCAGCAAAAUGUAGAAGGUAAAAGAAUACCAUUUGGAUUUAAUUACAGAUCAUUGCCACACUUUUCUAAAGGAGAUUAUUCUGGUAAAAGUAGAGGAUUUGUAGAAAAUAGUUAUGUUAAAGGAUUAGCACCAGAAGAAUUUUAUUUUCAUGCAAUGGGUGGUAGAGAAGGGUUAAUUGACACAGCUAUAAAAACUGCAGAAACAGGUUAUAUUCAAAGAAGACUUGUUAAAGCUAUGGAAGAUGCAACUGUUGGUCUUGAUAGAUCAGUAAGAGGAGCAAAUGGUUUUAUUUAUCAAUAUGAAUAUGGAGAAGAUGGUUUUGAUGCUACUUAUCUUGAAAUGCAAAAAAUUAAACUUACGAAUUUUAAAGAUCUUCAUUUUGUUGACAUGUUUGCGGAUGAAAAUUAUGCCAUAAAAAAAGAAAAUGUAACAGAACAAAUUUAUAAACUUCUUGUAACAGAUUUAGAAUUACAGAAAGUUUUAUAUGACGAAUAUGAUUGGCUUUAUAAAAAUGCUUUAAAAUAUGAAAAUCAAAAUAUAGCAAGUCCUUGUAAUUUUAAAAGAAUAAUAGAUACUGCCAUUUUUAAAUUUAAUUGUGAAAAAGGGGAUAUAUCUCCGUAUUACAUUUUAAGUUCAUUACAAAAACUUUCAGAAAGUUUAUUUAACAGAAAUUUAUUACUAAAAUUGUUAGUAAAAAUUAACUUGUCUGUAAAAAGGAUACUUAAUGAAUAUAAAUUAUCAUUAGAAGCCUUUAAAUGGAUUAUUGAUGAAAUAAAACGUAAAGUUAAUAAAUCUAUCAUUGCACCAAGUGAAAUGGUAGGAACUCUUGCAGCACAAUCAGUAGGGGAACCUGCUACUCAAAUGACUCUUAAUACAUUCCAUUUGGCUGGUGUAUCUGCAAAUAUUACAAUGGGUGUUCCAAGACUUAAAGAAAUUAUUAAUGUAGCUAAGAAUAUAAAGACACCUUGCAUGAAGAUUUAUUUACAAGAGCCAUAUAAUAAAACAUUGGAAAUGGCAAAGAAAAUACAAGGAGAUAUUGAAUAUUCAGACAUAAAAAGUAUAUGCGAAUUUAGUGAAAUUUUUUAUGAUCCUGUGGUAGAAGAUACACUUAUAGAAGAAGAUAAGGAUUUUGUAAAAAGUUAUUUUGAUUUUCCAGAUGAAAAUCUAGAUUUUUUACAAAUGCCUAAAUAUAUUAUUAGAAUAAUCGUAGAUCGUUCUAAAUUAGUAAGUAGAGGAUUAAAAAUGGAUGAUUUGAUUGCGUGUGUACAUAAAGCUUUUCCUAAAAAAUUUCAUAUUAUUUCAUCCGAUGAAAAUGCUAGAAAGCUUAUUAUUAGAUUUAGAUGUAUUACACCAGAAGAUAACAAUAUUGACAUUUAUAAUGUGUAUUAUAAUAAAGUAAUUAAUUUAAAAAUUACUGGAUACAAUAAAAUAAAAAAAGUUUAUAUAACUGAAGAUAAAGAACAAAAAAAUUGGUUUUUACAAACCGAUGGUGUGUGUCUUCGAGAAAUAAUGUCACAUCCUGAUAUUUGUGGUCAUUUAGUAACAUCUAAUGAUAUAAAUGAAAUAGUAGAAGUUUUAGGAAUAGAAGCAGCACGUGAGACAAUCUUACAAGAAUUAACAUUAGUUAUCGAUGGAAAUGGAAGUUAUGUUAAUCACAGACACAUAAGUUUAUUGGCAGAUGUUAUGACUAUGAAAGGAUAUUUAACAGGAAUUACAAGACAUGGUGUUAAUAAAGUGGGAUUUGGAGCAUUAAAAAGAGCUUCAUUUGAAGAAACAGUAGAUAUUUUACUUGAUGCUGCUUAUGCAGCAGAAAAUAAUGUUACUAAAGGAAUUACUGAAAAUAUAAUGAUGGGACAACUAGCCCCCCUGGGCACAGGUAUAGGUGAUAUUUUACUUGAUGUUAGUAAAUUAGAAUUUGCCAUUCCUUUGUCUAAACCUGAUUACAAUUAUGAAGAUGUUGAUACACCAUUUAUUUAUAGUCCUGUAUCUGAAAGUCAAAGUAUUAGUAGUGGAAAUUGGAGUCCAGCAUAUUUAGCGGAGGAAAGUAAAUAUUCGCCUAAAUUAUCUUUAUUUUCUGUAGGUAGUCCAUCUUACGGUUCUGCAUCUCCAUCUUACAGUCCGACAUCGCCAUCUUACAGUCCAACGUCCCCUUCUUACAGUCCAACAUCCCCUUCUUACAGUCCAACGUCCCCUUCUUACAGUCCAACAUCUCCAUCUUACAGUCCAACCUCGCCUUCUUACAGUCCGACAUCCCCUUCUUACAGUCCAACAUCGCCGUCUUAUAGUCCAACAUCGCCGUCUUAUAGUCCAACAUCGCCGUCUUAUAGUCCAACAUCGCCGUCUUAUAGUCCAACAUCGCCAUCUUACAGUCCAACUUCUCCGUCUUACAGUCCAACUUCUCCGUCUUACAGUCCAACUUCUCCGUCUUACAGUCCAACUUCUCCGUCUUACAGUCCAACAUCGCCGUCUUACAGUCCAACGUCUCCGUCUUACAGUCCAACAGGAUAUAAAAAAGAUAAGGAUAAAAAAAAUGAAAGAAAACGUCGACAUGAAAAUUAA